UGAAGACGUCUGGCUUAGGAGCCAUGUGGCUCAAUGGAGCCCCUAGGCUCUGGCACUGAGCAGCACUGACUGCUGUCAAACUUAAGGCUGGGCUUGGUAGAAUGGACUUUCACCACAGGCCUCUGAAACUCCAGUCUGCUGUGGUCUGGGCCGUUUGUGACUGGUUCUUUAUUUGGUGUUUGUUGUCCGGGUUUUCAUAAAGAUUGGUUGAAGUGCGGUAGGGGCUUUAGCACUGAUAUUUGGGAAGGUUUUGGCGUGGCGUCUGAGCUGCUUAAGAGGGGGAUGGAUCGUUGGGCUGUGUUGAGACAGCCCAUGUUCCCACUCUUGGAAGUUAAAGUCUGAUAACGUAGCAGGCUGAUAGGAUGGGGGUGCUGCAGAGGCUGGGCUAACUGAAUUUUUGUCUCUUCUCAGGGAUAUGUGGUACACAUCCCUCCCUCCAGAGAAUCGCCUUCAACAGAAACCAGUAACGCCAUGAAGUCCAAUCCAGCCAUCCAAGCUGCCAUCGACCUCACGGCCGGGGCCGCAGGGGGCACAGCAUGCGUCCUGACUGGGCAGCCCUUCGACACCAUGAAGGUGAAGAUGCAGACGUUUCCAGACCUCUACCGUGGCCUCACUGACUGCUGCCUGAGGACCUACUCCCAGGUGGGCUUCCGAGGCUUCUACAAGGGGACCAGCCCUGCACUGAUCGCCAAUAUCGCAGAGAACUCGGUGCUUUUCAUGUGUUACGGCUUCUGCCAGCAGGUGGUCCGCAAAGUGGUUGGAUUGGACCGGCAGGCAAAACUGAGUGACCUUCAGAACGCAGCUGCUGGCUCCUUUGCGUCUGCUUUUGCUGCUCUGGUUCUCUGCCCUACAGAGCUUGUGAAGUGCCGGCUACAGACCAUGUAUGAAAUGGAGACGUCGGGAAAGAUAGCGGCCAGCCAGAAUACAGUUUGGUCAGUCGUGAAGGAAAUCUUCAGGAAGGAUGGCCCCUUGGGCUUCUACCAUGGCCUCUCAAGCACUUUACUUCGAGAAGUACCAGGCUAUUUCUUCUUCUUCGGUGGCUACGAACUGAGCAGGUCAUUUUUCGCAUCAGGGAGAUCCAAAGAUGAACUGGGUCCUGUCCCGCUCAUGCUAAGUGGUGGAUUUGGUGGGAUUUGCCUGUGGCUUGCUGUGUAUCCGGUGGAUUGUAUCAAAUCUAGAAUUCAAGUUCUUUCUAUGACCGGAAAGCAGACGGGACUCAUCAGAACUUUCCUGAGUAUUGUAAAGAAUGAAGGAAUAACAGCCUUGUAUUCUGGACUGAAACCCACCAUGAUCCGUGCUUUCCCUGCCAACGGGGCACUGUUUUUGGCCUACGAGUAUAGCAGGAAGUUGAUGAUGAGCCAACUGGAAGCAUGCUGAAGUGUCCUGGUGUGCCUGGAGUCAAGGCAGGCGUUUAGCGAUUGGUUAACUCAGGGUUUCACGGAGUACAAGAACAAUGUGGAAUUAUGUGAUUCAUUGGGACUUUGUCCUUGUCUUCCCUUCUUCUAUUCAAAGUCUUGGAUUUUGUGGAUGGUCCUCCGUUCUACACAGUAUAAUUUCUGCCUGUUAUUGAACCAAAACAGAAAAGUCACUGUUCUCGUCCUUGGCCUCAUGCACAGGGGAGCUGGUGGCCUCAUGCACUGGCUUUAUGCACCUUGUGCAGACCCUGUUCCUCUCAGGACAGCUUCCGUGGAAGUCAGCGGUACACAUGCAAUUUAGAUGGUCCUGUCGUGAGGAAAACAAAUUUUUGUUCUGUGUUUAACUGCAAACGGUGACCAAUUUUUACGUAGGUGGUUGUAAAUGAUUGCCUAACACAUCCUAGCUAGAGGGCCACUGCUAAAAGCCGCUGAGCCUGUGCACUAAGAGGUUAGAGCUUUUGACUUUUUGUGGUAUAUUAAAGGUAAAAUACCCAUCUAUAUUUUUAGAUAAACUUAUACGCGUAGUUGUGUGGCUUCUACGUUCCUGAUGAAGUUUCAGGGUGGAUGUCCUGGUUUUUCUCUCACGAUGCCCAUUCCCCUCCCAGUGCAGUUCAUCAUCCAGGUGGGCUUCUCAUUCUGCACUCUGGUACUGGGAGGUGCAGCCAGAGCUUAGACCUCUGGAGGGCAGCAGAGGACUCAACGGAUCCCUUCUCACUGAGCACUUCCUCCCUCUGUGCUACUCCUGAAAGACAGGGACUGCCUGCCAUGCCCUCAGAAAACCAACACAGGUUCUUCCCUAGUCUCCACAGGAACCCAGGGUGCUCUUUGGAACUGGAUCUGAGGCCACUGUCUCAAUGUCUCCACCAAUCAGAGGCCCUUUCAGGAGGCAGAGAGGAAGACUGGGCUCCCUGCUUUGAUCACAGGGUUCUACUAAUGGGGACAUCCAAAGGAGCUUAUUAAUUAGAUACCCUUCCUGAAGUUCGAUUUGGGGUCCAUAGCUCCUUGAUUUGCUUCUUUAUUUGGAGCUGGCAGUUUAUCAAUUUCAGUGACUGUAGAUGAUACGUAACUUUGGAAAGCAUUGUGGCAUAAUAAAAAUAUUUUUAUUAAACUAGGUACCAUGUAUGUAGCAACCAAAAAAAAAAAAAAAAAAAAAAAAAAAACAAAACAAAAAAAAAAAAACUCCAUCUUACCUCCAGACACAUGGGAUGGAUGAUUCUUUGGCUGUGGGGUCUUAUCAAUACAGAGAUCAGGCACAUUGUCUGUACUACUCAGAGACCAGGGCGAUGGCAGGAGGAGCUCUUCCUGCUCUGCCUGUAAAGCUGAAGGAAGUUGGUUGGCCUUGCCAGGGUACCUGAAGCACAGGGGUCAGGAAAGCAAAGGAUUUCUCAAAAGGGAGGGACGCCUGUCAGCAUUCCUGGAGAAAGCUCUGUCUACUCCAGUGUUCUCUGUUCUUGUAUAGUGAACGGCUACCAAGUGCCGCUUCAUCUGAGCAGGUCAGGAUUGACGCAAACAUAGGAUUGGUAUCCCACAGGAAGAGGGCUGGCCAAAGCCGAGCUGUCCCUCUUCGGUCUGGUGCACAUUAGCCUUGUCGGCAGUGUGUCUCCUCAGCCUGUGCGUUACGGUCUCUCUCAUAGAAAUAGGAACAAGGGGAAGUUAAAGACAGAGGCCUAAGGAGAUAAUUUUUUAAAAAAACUAUCUUUCUGUUGGUUUGAUUUGUGCUUUUCUGUUUGGGUGCAACAUUGUGUUUGAGGCAAAGCUAGAACUUUGAGAUAUUUUAUUUAAAGAAGCGAGUGCUCUGUUAUUAAAUAAACCUAAUGUGGGUCUAUGAUGAGUUUCACUUAAAUGCAGUCUAUUUAUAUUAAGGACCAAUAUUAAAGAGUUGUGGAUAAUACUUCAAAGUGGUGGUUGCGUUGGAACAAGUGUACGUCUUGUCAGCUAGAUUCCUGGUGUAAAAUAAUUUUACUGUAGGCAAGUUGACAGAAAA